AUGUACACAUUUUCAGGAUUUGCCCACAUUCCUACAGAGGUCUUAAUCAGAAUAUACGGGGAACUGCCUCUUCCAGAUGCGCUUCAUUUGGCAGCGACUUGCCGUCGCCUCCGCCAGGUCUUGAUUGACAACACGCCUACAAUUUACAAACGCCUACGCAGAAAGAUGCCAUGUGAACGACAUGCAAGAGUCCUACUGGCGGAUCAAGGUGGCCCACUACCUCAUUCUUUGUCAGUGACUCUCGGGGAUCUGUUACGAUUGCGACGAAACGUUGGCAUUGUGGAGAAGGCGAUCAAGGUGUUUGACCGUGAUAUUACUCCGCAUAUCCGGAUUCCUCUUACGAGCGUCGAUGACGAGUUUUAUGGUGGAAAGCCACGCCCAUUACACUUAACUCCAACAGAACGUCAUCGCUUCACCUGGAGUUAUUACCAAGUUUGGAGUCUUUUACUACUAGACCAACCAUCUCGCCAACAGCGAUAUCGGUCUAUGUUGCUGAAGCACCUGUACAUGAUAUACGAAAUGGUUGAUCUUGACCAGCCAAUCGGGGACGAAUCGGGAUCUUCCCCAGCUGACGAGAAACGAUGCGCACUCUCUCAGGAAGUAAGCGAGUACCUCCGUUUUUUAUAUCACGACAUCCACGGAGUCGACUACAUUAAUUUCUCGGGGCAAAGCAUUCCUAUGCGUACUCAAGGCCACGCAGCAAUAUGGGACCAUUGCCAGCCUGAUUUGAAGAGGAUCGUUUGCUACCAGUGGCGAGAUCCGGAGAAGAAGCCUGUCAAGGAGGAGGAUGUGUGGGAGAAUACAACUGAUGAAGAAUGAUUUUUUGUUCGAACUUAU